CAAAAAACAAAUCCCAACUGGAGUGUCUGGCAAGUUAGUGAAAAUAUAUUAUGAUAUUUCUCAUCUUUUGGCAGAGCUUGAACGCAGCGAGUGGGAGUGGGAGUGGCCGUUGUAUUCAAAGCAGCCUCCUCCGUCGACUGUGACGUCACAGUAGCGACCCGUGUUGCUUCCAGCUGACUGCGAGAGGGAAAGAUUGCGAGAGAGCAGUGGAGGUGGGAGCAGCAUCUUCUGGGCGCUUGACUGGCCGCGCGCCCCCGGGAUUCAGCGCGCGCUCGGCGGGGACGGAGGUUGAGCAGGAGGAGGAAGUGGAGGCGAGCCCCCGGGGUUAUGUCCAGGCCUCUUGCUCAGCUGCUGCCGCCGUCGGAGCUCCCCGGGGGGGCCGGCGCCCAGUUUGGAGCCCCCAACGGGACGUCGACCGGCCCCCCGGGCGGCCACCUAACCUCCAUGAACAAUCUCAAGUCGCUCCUGCAGCUGCCCAUCAAGGCCGACCAGCGAGGCAGCAAAGACUGCUGCGAGAUCAAAGAUAAAGACAAACCGCUGGACUCGGAUGAGGACACCUUAGGAUUGGGCGUCGGCAGCGGGCCCGGUGCUCUUGGCGGCGGCGGCCUGGGCUCGGGGGCGCUGCGGCCCAAUUCACAGUCGGCGUUCCUGGGCCCGCUGCUGUGGGAGCGGACGCUGCCCUGUGAUGGUGGCCUGUUCCAGCUACAGUACAUGGACCUGGAGGAGUUCUUGACCGAGAAUGGAAUGGGCAUGCACGGAAACGGGCCCAGCUCCGCCGGUGCGCAGAUCCCCUCGCAGAGCUCCCAAUCAGCAGUCCCCAGUCAGAGUUCGCAGUGCCCGCCCGGCUCUCCAUCGCCGUGCUCGUCCUCUUCCUCCAUGUCGUCGUCAUCGUCCUCGUCGUCCCUGCUGGGACUGGAGAACGUCCAAGCGCCGCCGCCUCAGCAGCAAGGCUUGAUGGGAGCACCCGAGUGUCUGCACGGUGGUCAGGUGGCGGCCCAGGACGCGUCCCCCACCUCCAGCGGCCCACCCGGCUCGGCGGGGGCCUCGACAGCCACGCCAGGCGGCGGCGACAUCCAAGUGAACUUUGACCCCGACCCGGCCGAUGUGGCUCUCUCCAGCGUCCCGGGCCAGGAGGCUUUCGACCCGCGCCGGCACCGCUUCAGCGACGAAGAGCUCAAACCGCAGCCCAUGAUCAAGAAGGCGCGCAAGAUGCUCGUGCCCAACGAGCAGAAGGACGAGAAGUACUGGAGCCGUCGCGUGAAGAACAAUGAGGCCGCCAAGCGUUCGCGUGAUGCGCGGCGACUGAAGGAGAACCAGAUUUCGGUGCGCGCCGCCUUCCUGGAGCGGGAGAACGCCGCCCUGCGCCUGGAGGUGGCCGACAUGCGCAAGGAGCUCGGACGCUGCCGCAACAUCAUCAACAAGUACGAGAGUCGCCACGGCGACCUGUGAUUCCCCACCGCCAGGGAUGGCGACCGGUCAACCCGACAACAGCAGCACUUUAGCGGAAGUCCGCCGGACGGGACCAACCGCUACGGUGCUCGCGCCUUCCUGCUUGCACCGCAUCUCCCAUCGGGACUUUCUGCACACGUCCAGUCGUCUCCGCCUCCUCUUUUCUAUGUGGCAAAGUCUAUUUUUCAAAGUGGCCAGCAGAAAGCAGAGUGGCGACCACUCAGCUGAACAGGUCUGGGGUAAGCCCGCAGAUGGAAAGGCCAUGCGACACUGCACCUUUUUUUAGCGCCACGCCAUCGAGUUGGAUCCCACCUAACCUCCCAAAUCGAGAUUUCUCGCGCUGCCGACGUAUUUUCAAGCGGCGGCCAUUUACCUUAACAACAGCAGCACUUUAGAGGAAGUCCUUCACACCACUGUUGAUGUGAUGUGCCCAUACGAGGCGGUAUAACAUGAAGUGACACUGGGUCUCCCCUUGUUUUUUUUUUCCUGCGCGCGUCAACAUGGCUCACUCUCACUUUUUGCACCCCGAUACUCCGCACCGCGUCCAACCGUGUCAUGUUCUUGUGUGUCAAAAGUCUAUUUUCCCAGAAGACAAACAGCAAGCAGCGUGGUGACCAAUCAACCUAUCAAGAGAAACAUUUUUGUAGAAGUCUGGCGUAGACUUGGGGGAGACGACGCGAUGUGACCGUGCACUGUUUUCAGUACGUCACGCCACUAAAUCUGGAUCUGAAUUUUCGCUACGCGUCUGACAUAUGGCGUCCGCUCGCUUUGUGUUCUUCUCCAUGACAAAAGUCAAAGACGAUGUGUGAUCCCAUCCCGUGGCAAGAAGUGGUGAGUCAUCAGUAUGAUGGCCGGUCCUGUUGUUCUCUACGUGUCAAAAUCUAUUUUUCAAACGGACAAACGGGAAACAAGUCAGUCGGUGGGUGGCAGAGGAAGCGAAGGGGUGGCUAACAACCGCAGCACUUUCGUGGAACUUUGACAGAAAGGCUACGCGGCUACACUAUGCGGCACUGGCUGCCACCGUUUUUUUACGUGUCGGCCCAGCUUGCUCCCACUUUGCCUCGUCGGGACUUUCCACGCGUCCGACAUCCGCCGUCCAAUCGUGUCGUGUUCUUUUCUAUCAGUCUAUUUUUCAAGCAGACAAACAGGAAGCAGGGCGGCCAUGUCUAUUUUUCUACGAGCGGGCCAGCAGGACUUUUCCUCGAUUUUCAACAGCGGGCAUGCGGAGGGAGGCGCUGCACUUGUUCGCCCCGAGCCGGCGGAACCGAAUGUAUCUCGUCCAAUCAGGGAUUUCAUACGGGGCAAGAGGCGGGGCUUGGGAACCAUUGUGAGAGCUGAGAGGCAGUUUGGGGAUCAGAUGCUCGUUAUCGUAUUCUUCUUUGGAGUUUUUGGGGAGCUCGUUAAGCAAUUUACUUAGCCACGUCUGAUUGGCUGACGGGUUGCCGAACGCACCUUCGUUCGGCACCUUUGCGUUGUAUUACUGCUGACACCGUUCUUACAUUUGCAGCAGCAGGAACACACACACACACCCGAAACAGAAACUCAAAAACAGGCAUGCAUGCGUGUAAGCACACGUGUCCCCCUCCCACCACAUCAAAAACACAACACAAUGCAUACAUACACAUCCGCAAACACUAAAACUCAUCACACCCUUGCAAUACACGCAGAGAUUGUUAUUGUUGUUUUGGACUUUAAUGGUGCUGAUCUAAAACGGUCCUUGACUUUAAACUCACCCAUUAUCACCCCCCCCCCCCACCACCACGACCACCACCCCCACCCAAGUGAACUGCCUGUGAAGCCUUGAUUUGUGUUUUGAGUUUCUCUUGUGUUUGUGUCUGGAUGAAAGGGUGUGUGGACUUCCACGUGUCCAUCGUAUGAUGGACGCUCCCUACUCAUACUCAACUCUUCUCCUCUCACUACAUACAUAUAUGUGUAUGUAUCCACAUAUAUAUACAUAUACUGUAUGUGUAAUAUGAAUAAACAGUAUGUGUAUAUGAUAUAUGCUUGAACUUUGUGAUUCUAGUUGUAAUAUACAUAUUUGGAAGAUUUUACAGAGGAAAACAAAAAUCCUUUUUUAGGGGGUCAUUUUUCUCUCAGGUAUUUUUGUCUGAGUUAUUAAAAUACACAUGAAAAAAGCAACGCAAAAAAAAAGCAAGUAUAAAGUUUGCUUUCACAUUUUAAGGCUUGUUGACUUUUACAGGUGGUUGUCCUUGAUGGUUGACGCCACAAAUCAGUUGGGCUCAUCUUCACCACACACACACUCAGUAGAGUUUUUUUUUUGUGUGUGGGGGGAGAUCAAAACCAAACGAAGUCAGAAAGGUCUAAAAAUACCAAAAAAAGCUUAAGAAAGCUCUUCGCUUUUCUUGUGGCGGUUGUUUCUUCUUCCACUUGCCAUUCCCUCACUUGACUAGAUUUCCGUGGAGCCCAGGUGCAUCCUGGGUAAUGUAAUUCCAAUAUUCUUAUCCACUUUUUAUCUUGAAUAGACAAACAGUAACUCGUGACGUUUGAGCGGGAGGUUUCUGGAAGCCGACGUGCGUGCGCGUCCGUCUUUUCUAUUUGGGUGAUUUUGCCAUUUAGGGACUUUUUCAAUGUCCGCACUGUGCAAAUGGCGGCCAACUGGCAGGUAACCAUGGCGACGACAGUCUGCCAACGACUGGUGACUCUGUAGAAGCCCAACUCUCAGCAGCGCCACCCUUCGGCCCGGCGUCACCCCUUUUUCGUGUGUGCGCGUAUGUGACGACGGUGAUGGCGCUUUGAUUAUCAAUAAAACCUUCUCCUUGA